AUGGCUACCCCCAGUGUCCUUACUUUUGAUGCUGAGGGCCGUGCCGUUGACUUUGAGGGGUGUUCCCCCUCCCCCCUCUUGCCCUCUGUUGCCUCUGCUGCUGCGGCCGACCAGGUUGGUUUCGAGGUGGUGGUGGGAGUGGUGGCGGAGGUGGAGGUGUCAGUGGCAGCAGUGGAGGCAGAGGAGGCGGAGGCGGUGGCGGAGGGAGCGGAGGCGGCAGAGGUGGCUGAGGCGGUGGCGGCAGCGGUGGUCCUGGUCGCAGCUCUGCGCAGAGGAGUGGGUCCGGUGGUGGUACGCGCCAGCAGCAGCAGCGAAGUCGUGAAACCCUGUCCCCUCAUCAGCUUCGUGAGUGGUACGCUGCGCGUCAGUGCGGUGGGGGUACGGGUCCCUGCACCUACGUUCUCCGCACCGGCGAUCGCGCUGCUGUCUAGGGAGGAGGUUGCUAUCUUUGAUCUAUAUUUCGAAGCUUUUCUUGCUGCCAUGUAUGCUGUUGCUGAUAGUGUUGAGGGUGACUGUUACCUAUGUGUGCCGCCUGACCCGGGAAUUGAGACUGCUCCUCUAGGUGCUGGUGAGGCUGCUGCUCUAGGUGCUAGCGCGUCUGCUACCCCAGGUGUUGGUGAGUCUGCUCUCUCAGGUACCACGCCGGCUCAUGCCUUACACACCUUAACCCUUGACUCGGGUGCUUCCCGCUCCUUCUUUCGGGACUGCACCACACUUACGCCGCUUAGUCGGCCGGUUGCGGUCUCCAUGGCGGACCCCUUUGGGGUUCCUGUCCUUGCUUGCUUCUCCACUGUCUUACCGUGUCAGGAAGCCCCCUCUGGCACCUUGUCUGGUCUCUACCUCCCCUUGUUCUCUACAAACUUGGGGAGUGGAGCUGAUCUACAGGAUAUGGGGGUUGACCAGUUCACUCCUGCGAGUCAGCGGGUGACCCACUGCACGUGUGCUCGGACAGGCCGACACUUGGCCACGUUCACCCGUUGGCCGGGGUCGAGCCUACUCUCCUUUGGCACCACCGCCUUGGUCACCCCUCUCUGCCUCGUCUUUGAGGCAUGGCCUCCCGUGUCCUUGUCUCUGGUCUCCCCCGUUCUCUCCCUCCUCUACCUCCGGGGCCUCCCCCUACCUGCGUCCCCUACGUCGAGGGGCGACAGUGUUAUGUGA